GCAAUGGCGUGGAAAUCUUCUGGUACGAAUCACCAAGAGUUGAUCAACCGACUUCGACAGAAUGGUAUCAUAAAACAUGACAAUGUUUAUGACGCUAUGAUGGCAGUGGACAGGGGGAAAUAUUCAAAAUAUAACCCUUAUAUGGACUCGCCCCAAAGCAUUGGUUAUGCAGCAACAAUAAGUGCUCCUCACAUGCAUGCCCAUGCUUUGGAAUUACUAUCAAAUCAUUUGCAUGAAGGCAGUAAAGCAUUGGAUGUUGGAUCUGGCACUGGCUAUUUGACAGUGUGCAUGGCUCUAAUGUGUGGUGAAACUGGUAAAGCUAUUGGUAUUGAUCAUAUUCCAGAAAUUGUAGAAGAAUCUAAGAAAAAUGUAAAUAGAACACAUUCUCAACUUGUUGAAUCUGGAAGGUUAAAAUUAUUAGCUGGAGAUGGUAGGAAAGGUUUUCUUGAAGAAGCCCCGUUUGAUGCAAUACAUGUUGGUGCUGCAGCAGAGCAAGUCCCACAGGCUCUUCUCGACCAGUUGAAACCAGGUGGUCGUCUGAUAAUUCCUGUUGGGCCUCAGGGAAACAAUCAGAUGUUGGAACAGCAUGACAAACUGGAUGAUGGCAGUAUUGUAAAAAAGAAUUUGAUGGGUGUGAUCUAUGUUCCAUUAACCAGUAAAGAAAAACAGUGGUCCGGAAGGUGUGUGUCGAUGUGAGGUGCAUGGAACAUGUGCCGUAAGAAAUAAUGAAGCAACUGAAUAAUGCAGCGACUAUAAUUGAUGGUUGUGAAAUAAAAAUUAAAGUAUUUCUGGGUGGUACAUGUCACACAAGUUGUAAAUCAGCUCAGAUACUAACAGUGCUAUCUUGGCUCGAGAAACUAAUAUAUGUAGUUUGCCGUUUCUUACAAUUGUGAACCAGCUAAUAGUGACUAUCAAACCAUGUAGGGAUGGAUAUUGUGUUUCUAUUGACAAUUUAUAUUCUGAUGAAAAAUUAUAGCGCCCUCUAGAGUCUAGACUGAAAAUACCAAUCAAGCAUGUUAUUGUAUAGUGCUUUGUAUGGCAUCACCAGGUACUAAUAUUAUUAAUGCUUGGUACAUUGAUACCUCUUUCUAAAAACUUGGCAGUUAAUGUGGUUUCAAAUACUAUCAUUAAUUAAAUUAUUUUUUGUAAAUAUUAACCAUUUACUAAAUGCAGUAUAUGAGUAAUAUGUAUAUUGAUUUGUUUUUGUUCAUAGUAAACCGAACAGUAAACACAGUGAUUUAUAAUUUGCUGAUAGCCAGUGCCAUAUGUAGUAUUCCCUUUGCUUUACUAUUUAAUUUAUAUAAACAGCAAAGCACAUGUUGAUUUGCUGCUUUGGCUGUAAUUUGAUAUCCCACCUGAUGUACAUAUGUAGGUGGCAG